AUGGACAUGCUGGUUGAGGAGUUAUCCACUUCUGACAGCCCAAGAUCCAUCUGUGUCAACCUGGAGGUCAUGCCAGAAGCUCAACUACCAGGGCUUUGCUGGGCAUGUAAGUGGAUCCUCAACAAAGUGAAAAAGCAAAUCUCCAAUGGUACUGACCAGGAGACCAUCAAAAACAAACUAAUCUCGGUGUGUGACCAGAUUGGUUUUCUUAAAUCAAAGUGCAAGAGUUUUGUUAAGAAAUAUCUAAACACCUUAAUUGAGGAACUGUCCACCACUGAUGACCCAAGAACCAUCUGUGUCAAUCUCAAGGCCUGCAAGCCAAAGACCAUGGAAUGGUGAGAUACCUGGAUCCAAGAAAACCACCACUAAAAUUCUGUAUAGCAGUGUUA